AUGAUUAAAUUAAUUUUGCAAAGCAGGGUGUCGAAUCGGUUAGCAUCGGCCAGAGCUAGCGAUGAAGUUGAAAAAGCAAAAAAAGAUGUUGCUGCGGCUAAGCAGGGCACCUCAUCAACAAUCCAAGUUGCAGACGAAAAGCUGUCUGCAGAAGUCAAUGUUGCUGCUUCAGAAUCCACCACGAAAGUAGAAACAGAAAUAGAAAAGCCUAGUGAAGCGGAAGAAGCACCAGCUGUGACUGAACAUGUUGCGAACAGCAAGAAAGAGGAAAAACCAGAAGAGGAAGUUGGAGAAGUCAAACGUUUCACAGCCCAUGAAUCUCAGUCAGCAGUAGAAACUGAAACAGGCAAAGAGGAAGCCAAGGUUGAAGACACAGUAGUGACUGCUGACAAUUCAAAUGCCACCAAGGAAAUUCAAGUAGAGAGCAACAACGAGGUGGAAACACCAGUUGGAGCAACAGAGGAAGUGCAGGGAGAGUCCCAUGUGGGAGAAAAACAACCUGAAGGCAGUAAAGACGAAGAAGGUGAAAACGAAGAAAGUAAAGAGCCUGUAGCCAGAGUAGUACCGAAGAAGAUGAGAAGUAAAGCAACCGAUCGUUAG